UUUCCGGGAACUGUUGGAGAAAGAGUUGCUUCUUCCUGCGUCCCAGGCUUCCCAGCGGCGCCCGUUGCCGGGGAACGCAGGCGCCGUGGGAAGGCAUGGCGGGAGCGUACAGUUUAGGAGCUGGCACCUGUGUUGAGUUGGUUCCGAAGGGCCCGGACUCGUCAUGAAACAACGGAAAGGCCAAGGGCCUGGGGGCGGCCGUGGUCGCAAGAAGAGAGGUUUGAGUGACAUCUCACCAUCAACAAGCCUGCCACCUCUGGUUGAAGGGCAAUUGCGCUGCUUUCUCAAACUUACGAUUAAUAAAGUCAUGUGGAAGACUGCGAAGCCUCCCACUUCUGUACUUGUCCGAGUAAGAUGGUGGGGAGAAACGUCAGAUGGAACCCUCUUUUGUCCCAGGGAUGCAUUGCAGACUGAACCAAAAGUUGUGAGAACAACUACCCGUUAUGCUAUCCGUUGUGGUCCAAAGCAGUUCACCUCAUAUCUAACAGAUAUGGCUGUGCUGGUGUUGGAAGUCAUCACCAAACUUGAUCAUCUUCCGGUUGGCAGAGCUCAGAUCAGUGGACUUGCCCAGCUGUCUCCAACCCAUCAAAUCAAUGGAUUUUUUACCAUUGUUUCACCAGCAUCUAAGAAACUUGGAGAACUUCAGGUCUCACUUGCCCUGGAACCUCUGUCAGAUACUUACGACAGCUAUAAGCCUCUUCCUACCACUGACAUGACAGAAAAUGUGCUUUUAUCUGAGCGAGGACUCCGAGAGAAUACUGAAUUCAGUAACACUCUAUCUAUGAUUCCAUCAGUAUCUUGUGGGGAACCUGCCAUCAAAACUGAAGGAAAAGAAUUAGCAGGCAGCAGCAGUAGAUCAGCCACACCAAGGGGGAAGGACCACUUGUACUUUGCAGAGAACCCCAAUGCAGUAAAGAGUUCUUUGUGUGGACUACAGCAUCACCUUAAUUCAGAGCCAAGUUUAGAGACUGUAUUGCUGAGAGGCAAAGCCCCACAGAAGCAGAUGUCCCUCCUUAACAGUAAUGAAUUUCAGCCACAAAUUAAUACAGUCACCAAGAGUCACAGUGACUCAUUCAUCCUGUCUUCAAACAACCCCCCUACAAAGGACCUUCUUUCAGCUCUGUUAGAACAAGGCGAUAAACUGAGGAAUGCCAUGCUGAUUUCUGCAAUGAACUCGAGCCCAGAUACUAGCAUGCUGCUGAACAAAGCUCCUCCUCCUGUGCUGGAAGAUGCUUUCAGAUCCUCAGUGCCGAAUUCACUUAAAAAUCAAUUUAAAGACCACAGUGGUGACCACCUCCUCCCCUUGACUGAGAACAUGUUUUGUCAAGAUGACAUAAAAGUGGACACCAGAGCCAUACAGCUGCUGUUAGGCAGUGCUGAAUUAUCCCAGGGUCUUUUCUGGAAUGGAUUAGGAUCUCCUCCAGACUCCCCAUCUCCUGGGAGUGAUGUGUACUGCAGCAGUGACCUGAAUGACCCUCAGUAUGACCAGAGUCUCCUGGAGAACUUGUUUUACACAGCACCCAAAUCUGAAGUCAGCGCCAGUGACUUCCUCAGUGAGGAUGAGAACAUGGAACCUUCUAAAACAAUGAACCAGUCCAAAGCCUCCGGCAGAUCUAAGGUGGCAGGGUCAAGUGAGCACAAGCUGAAGAAGAGGGCAGCUGGCAAGAAAAGCAGAAGUAUGGUUGACGAACAAGUGUUCUCAGGACAUACCCCAGCGACAUCACUAAGUGUGGAUAGACUGGCACUUCUGGGUAGAAUACAUUCUGUCAGAAUCAUCAUUGAAACAAUGGGCGUCCCUCCAGAUAGUCCCCAUGUGACACAAAACAGAAAAAGCUUUGCCGGGAAACCACCAAAGCCAGCAGCAGCAACAGCAGCAGCAAAAAAGCGCACUUUCUUUGUGGAGUAUCACUUUCCUGUGGGCUUUUCCAGAAGUGGACCGGGAAAGACAGCUUUGAUCACUGAGGUUGUGCGACUUGCCUCCAGUAAGGUCGCAGAUGGAGUGGUGAAAUUCCAGCAGCGAUUUGUGUGUCCAAUAGAGUUUGGUGGCCCAAUGAUAGAGCACUGGUGGAAUUCUAACCUCACCUUCCAAAUUUAUGCAAAGAAAGCCCCACAGAAAAAGCCAGAAGCCAUUGGAUCUGCAUCUCUUCCUUUGCGAGCUGUCAUUCAGUCCGAGCUGCUUUCUUUCAGUAACCAGCUUCCAGUGCAGCAGGAACAUGGUUUGUCUGCACUUGGCCCCCUCCAGGUCACCAUGGAGCUUGUUUUAGGCAACAAGGAUUUCACUGGUGUCAGUGCUAAGUUAAGCAGCAGCACCCAACACACUCCACGUUCUGCUGCUACCGGUCCAGAUAUGGCACGAAAAACACUCCAGGAGAUGACCUGCACCCAAAACCCACAGAACUCAAAUCAAAUUCAUGAGGACACUGCAAGGAAAAUACAAAAUUUAGUGCUUCCUAACCCGAAGUCAGCAAACCCUGUAUCCUCAAAUUCUCCAGACGCCAUGACUGUGCCGCAUCACAGCUUAGUGCAUCAAACCAAUGGGUCAAGCAGAGAAAGUGCCUUACUGUUACAUGUGCUGUUGAUGGUGCCAGACGGGAAAGGCUUUGUUUCUGGGGAGCCGGAGAAACCACCAUGCAAUGUGUACUUAAAGUGCAAGCUCUUCCGCACAGAGGAAGUCAUCACGUCUGCCAUCUCGUGGGGCACGGCACAGCCUGUCUUUAAUUUUUCUCAGGUGAUUCCGGUUUCGCUGUCUUCCAGAUACCUGGAAAGACUUAAGAACAAUGUGAUGAUAAUUGAAACUUGGAACAAGGUGCGGAGCCCAGGACAGGACAAGCUGCUCGGGCUGGUGAAACUCCCUCUCCAUCAGUUUUACAUGUCAUUCAAAGAUCCCAAGAUUUCUCGCCUGCUGCUUGAUGCCAGGUACCCAGUUGUUGCUGUCGACAGCUAUAUGCCUGUGAUUGAUGUGUUCUCAGGCCACCAAAAUGGGAGCCUUCGAGUCUUUUUAGCCAUGGGUUCUUCAGAUCAGAUAAUGAUGCUGCAAAGAUUAAAGAAUGAAGAAGGAACGUUCCCUCCCUUCAGCCCUAGGCCAGCCCAUUUCCUGGACCAGUCGCCUGUAGCAUCUGUUCCUAUGGACUGCACAAUGCCAAGUAUCCAUCAUCCCAGCACUUGGAAGCCAGAAGGCCAAGGAAACCGACUGAUGGAGCACCACUUUGAGUUCCAUGUGGUGAUGGUCAAAGGGCUCAUGCCCCUUCAGACAACAGUCUGGGGAGAAGCAGAUUGUUAUGUUCAGUACCACUUUCCAUUCCAAGACUCCCAACCCAGUGUGCUUCAAGGACCUGACUUCCUUGAAAAUGGAAUUACUCUGAAGCCCUUUAGAACUUCAACCACACUGUGUGUCCCAGAUCCCAUCUUUAAUAGCGAGCACCAUCACUCUCUCCUGUUGCCAACUGAAGUUCCAGUGCAAAGGCUCCUGCUAAGUGCCUUUUCCUCCCAGGGCCUUGUGCCUGGAGGUGGAGUCCAGUUUGAAGUCUGGUGCAGAUACUAUUAUCCUAAUGUAAGGGACCAGAUGGUUGCCAAAGGAACCUUGCCAUUAUCAAGGAUCUGUGCAAUGGUGACCAUGCAGUACCAUGAAGAUGUGGGAAUGCAGAACUUUAAUCUUCCAUUAACUCCCAGAUUUGAGAAUAGUAAAGAAUUGAAGAACCAGUCAUCAGGUUUGCUGGACGUGGGUUUGAGGUACCGACGUAGCCCAAGAACAACAGAGGGAGUUCUUGCUGCCCGAACUGUCUCCAUCUCAGUCCAGAUUAUCAGAGCCUGUGGUCUUCAGGCAGCAGCCAAGGCUUUGGCUGAGCAGGAGCCUGCUGUAGAGUUUAGUGCCACCGUCGGCGUCAACGCUUCUGUCACCACACAUCUCUCCUUCCUGCCCAAGGGGGAGCAGCGCCGAACCCGUCCUGUGGCCUGUUCCUUCUGCCCUGAGUUCGCCCAUCACAUUGAGUUCUCCUGUAACCUGGUGACUCAGCACUGUAGUGGAGAAGCGUGUUUCCUGGCAGAGCUAUUGGAAUAUGCAGAAAUUAUUUUUGCAAUCUAUCAUGAAAAUACCAAGUCAGUCAGUGAUAUAGCCAGUAUCCAGUCGUGCAAGGAUUAUCUGCUUGGAGUAGUAAAAGUUCCAACAAAAGAUCUACUGGUCAAGAGAUCUGGGAUCACAGGAUGGUAUCCUGUCAUUUUGCCAGAAGAUGAAGGCCUGCCUCAGGACCUGGAGUUUAUGCAGAAGAUUGUAGGAGGCCUGGAGCUUUCUGUUUCCUUCACACAUCCUGGAGAUAGAGAGCGAGUGUUGGAAGCUGCUGAGCUGUUGGGCUGGACCUUUGACAGCAGCCUGAAGGAUCAUGUCAAGAUGGAAGAAGAGGUGCCAGCCACUGUCACCAUCUCCACCCCACGACUCUGGCUUCCUGUGCACUGUGUGCUACUCGCUGGCCACAAGAACAUUCAUAAGAAUACCUACUGCUACCUUCGGUACAAACUGUACACUCAAGAAGCCUUUUGGACCCCUCUCCGGAAGCCUAAGGAAUCUACAAACAGAAACCAGGUCCUGAUCACUUUCAAGGCAUCCAAAAGAGCAGAAGUCACUCGGAGCCAGUCACUGCUUUGGUACUUCAGGGAAGAAAAGUUAGAGAUCCAAGUGUGGCGAGCUUAUGGCAAUGACAAUUUAGAGAGGCCACACCAGACUGACAGCUGGAUCGGCUCAGCCUAUGUAGACCUGUCCAGACUUGGGGAAAAAUCACUAAGAACACUAACUGUCAGUGGUGUGUAUCCUCUGUUUGGAAGAAAUGCUUCCGACCUCUCUGGAGCUGCCUUGAGAAUUCACGUGGUUCUUUCCCCUCUUUCCCCUCUCACUGAGCCCACUCGUGAUCUGGACUCCAUAGACUGCAGCAGCCACAGUGAGUCUGAGCAACUCCCCAGAAAAAGCGAUGAGCUCCAGCUGUCUCCACCCUGUGUCCUCCAGAAGACUCCGGCCUCCACCCAGGUCAGCUGCAGCGCUGCAGCUGAGGUGUGCCCUGCCCAGGAGGGCCCUUCCGAGUUGGAGGGGACUUUUACAGUCAGCAUCCUGGUGGAGAGAGCCAUGCACUUGAGCUUGAAAGGGAGCCCCUUGACAGAGCGGAAAGUGUCCAUGCCCAGUUGUUGUGUAUCCUUUGCAACAGCCACUGAGCCAUCUCCUAUAUAUACCCAUGUGGUCGAAAACACCGACUCACCCAUUUGGAAUUUUCAACAGCAGUCAAGGUUAUCAAAAGAGCUGCUCCUGGAUCCACAUCAAACCCUGGUUUUUAAAGUGUGGCAUAAAGGAGAUGAGGAGAGGGUGGUUGGCUUUGCCUCGGUGGACCUCUCCCCACUAUUGUCUGGCUUUCAGUUCAUCUGUGGCUGGUACAAUAUUACAGACUUCAGUGGAGAGUGCCAAGGGCAAAUAAAAGUUGCCAUUUCCCCUUUGGAGAGUCUGAUGCACUUAAAAGAAGAAAGACAAGCGAGACGAGGGACAGUGGCCCCAGGAUCACUGAUACCAUUGUUCAGCCCCCUUUCUUUCCCUGCCUCUUCUCUAUGUGACACAUUCCCUGGGCCCAUUGCAAGGCACAUGCAAGACCAACUUGCCCACACUUCUCCAAAGGAGGUUGAUUUCUCCUCUCCUUCAAGAAAUGGUGCCAUCAGAAGCCAGGCAGCACGCCAUGAGGAGCAUGUGCAGAACAUCCGCCGAUUCCAUGAAUCCCUGCAACAUGGGGAGGCAGUCUCAGCAGGUGAUGAGAAGCUGACCACAGUGCCUUUGUCCUCCCACACCUCCAUUCUGACUUCUCUCAGGAAGAAUUUGAGUGAGCUUGAUGAGAUCCAGAAGUACUUCACCCAGAAGCUCAGCAAGCCUUUCCUGCCCUUCACCUCUCCCAGUUCUCCUGCUCUCUCAAAGAGCCAGGAGAGCCCAGGAGCCAGCAGCCGAGACCCCGAGAACCAGUGCAUCCUGGAGAAAUCCAGUAACCUGGUGUUGCAAGUCAGCUCCCUAAUCUCAGAUCUGCAGACGAUCACCAGAGAUUCACAAGCAGCUCUGACUUCUCGCCAAGCCAGGAGUAGAAACAGAGCAGUCACCACCCUCCCAGAUGCUCAGGACACCGAGGCCUUGCCAGGACGAACCACCACUCCAGAGAAACCGGCAAAUUCCCUGCCUGCCCCUGUUCUUGAAGAGACUUCAGAGGGAGGAGGAGUGCUCCGUGAGUUGGUGGAACAUACACUACCUGUCACGAGGGUGCAGAGUGGUGAGGACACUGAGGUGGACUCAGACCUCAGUGAAGAAGACUAUGAGGAAGACAUCAUUGAGCCCAGGACCCUAAAUGAAAUCACCACAGUGACCGACAAAACUAGUCCCUGGUCUAGUUUCAUGUCAGACAUGAGUGAGGUCUUGAGCCCUCAACCCAGUGAGAUACCAAGGGAAGGCCCCUCCUGUCUUCCAGGACCUUUCCCCAGAGAGGAACUUAAGGUCAGAAGUAGCUUGAUAUCCAGCCCACAAAAGGUAAACCCCCAAUCUGUACAGGACUCACCUAGCCAAAGGCCUAGUGAGGGUGGAGCCUAUAAGACCACAGUUGAAGAGUCUGCCUCAACCAAGCCUCGGCUUGUCCCAGGGAGCAAUGAUUCUGUUGGAUGGAGCUCACCACAUAUAAAUCAGGACAAGAGACCCAUGCCAGAGAUCCUGGCUGAGAGUGAAGCCAUCUCCAGUGAGUUGAGUGACUCUUCAGAGAGUCUUCUAUAUCUGCCCUCCCAAAGCAAAAGGGAAAACCACAAGGAACCACCCACAGACUUUCCUGCUGUGAGGCAGAAGCAGGUAGCAACUGGACCAGAGGUGUCUACAAGGCAGAAUCUCCUCCCAGAACCCAUUGUGGUGCCCAACUUCUUUUUGCCUCCCCAACAACUGGAGGCCUCUCUACGCAUGAUCUCCCACGCUCCAGCUCUGCCACCACCAGCCACAACUGACCAGGACAAGAAUGAAACCACCAGGGGAGCCCUUGCCCAGAGGCCUUGUCGCCCCAGACCUAACUCUGUCCCUCCCAACCUUCCUGAGGAAGAGACUCGCAGAAUCGCACGAAUAUUUUCUUCCAAGUAUUCCCAGAAACCUCAUGAAGCCUAAGGGACUGAGGGGAGGGGCUACCAGCCAACCUCCUCAUCUUUGUUUAACUUACAAGAGGCACCAGGUCUGUUUCCCUCGGCAUCCUGAGGCCACGACCACCACCCUAUUCCAUGGGCUUCUUGAGACCUAAUUAAGACUAGAGAGAUGUCUGGACCCACUAACUUCUGCCUACUAGGACUUCAGCUUCCUUCUGUAAUGAGGCAACGGCUGGAAAUAAAAUGGACUCCAGCACCCAAGUGGCCCGCCCAUCCAUCUUCUGACUGGGGCCUAAGGAGGCACCUCUGAGUAGAGAAACCAGUAUCCUUGACACAGCCUCUUGUUGAACAUAGCCACCCUAUUUUUGCUUUAAAUAUUGGUGGGAGCAGUAAGUGUGUGCAUAGCUGAGAAAAUUCCAAGGCCCUUUCCAGCUUGUUUAUUUGGGAAUGUGUUUGUAGACAUAAAUUAUUUUUAUGAUUUAGUGAAUUAAUCAGUAGCACAGGGGGGAUCACCUCCUUUAAACUGUAUUUGAUUGUCUGAAACCUAACCAUGUUUUUAACUUAACUUUGUUUUUUUACUCAUCUCUGAAAUUAAUUGUUCUUGCCUUUGUUUUAAUAAAACUCUGAUAUUUGUA